ACCUUAUUUAAAGAAGUUUUCCAUAGCAUCAAUGUGUUUUCUUAUUAGUAUUAAACAAUUAUUUUAACAUCUAAAACAUUUUAGAGCAUUAUUUUCUUCCUAAAUUCUAUAUACUACAAAGUACUUCAUUUUUAAGGUGCAUGGACCACACAAAAUUGAACAAAUAUAAUGCAGUCCCAGUUACCAGCUACUCCUCGAAAAUUGCCAGUGUUUGUAUUUCCCCAAAAUAUCACUUUCUUUUUAGACGAUCAAUCCACACACAAACAAGUUUUGACUUUAUAUAACCCAUACGAUUUUCCAAUAAAAUUUAAAGUAUUAUCUACUGCGCCAAAUAAAUACAAAGUUAUCGAUCCAGAAGGAACAAUAAAAGCAAGAUGUUUUGUGGAUAUUGUUAUAAGACAUACUUCCCUUAUGUUAAGCAAUUGCAAUGUCAUAGACAAAUUUAGAAUACAAAUGCAAGAACAUCCGACUAAACAGACUAUAGGAAAACGAGAUGUGGAAGCUAAACUCCUUCCUGGGACAACGGAUAGUACCGGAAGAUCAACCCCAGACCCAGAAAUGUUUCAGCAACUUCCUAUAAAUGAAAGCAGACAACAACAAUCUUAUGCGCUUCUAACUCAAAAUAAAACAAUUGACAGAGGAACAAAUUAUGUAGCAUUAAUUGCUGGUAUCAUAUGUAUAGCUGGAUUACUUCUACCCACAGAAGGAGAACAAUAUAAUAGAGUGCCUGAUUAUCUACAUCUCUCCAUAAACUUUAAAUUAAUAUUUUCAUAUGUAUUAGGUUUGGUAACGAUUAUUAUUUUAAGAAUGUAAUUUUUGGCUUUAUAUAUACGAGACAAAGUUUAUACAAUGGUUAGAAUCAUGGGAUGAAAGCACAAUUAACUUAAGGUUUUUUUGGUAUGGAGUUUCUUUUUUGUUACUGGAUAUACCUGAUUCUAGUCUAUAAACAAUAAGCUAUCACGUUAUAUUGUGAAUAAUGCUAAUAUUUAUUGACAUAUUUUAAAUAUUUUAUUCUUUUAAUAUAUGACAUUAUAUAAUAUAUUCUUAUUCAAGUUUAUGCUUCAUUGCCCUGAGUAUGCAUCAAUGAAAUUUGUAAAUAUACUAACGAAAUUCAGAUGCAGCUAUUGCCUUUUUAUAUAUUUCAAAUUCAAAUAGAAAAAUUAAUAUCUCGUUUUAGUCGAAAUGCUUUCUGUAUAAAACACAUCGCUCAUAAUUAUUUUAGCAUUCUCCAAAACACGAUCUCAUGUACAAAUGUAUAAAUAUAUUAUGUGAAAUGGAUUUCGAGUUUUAAAUACCCUUGAACAAAAUGAUGUUUCACUUUUAUAAUUUAAUGCAGUGUAUAUUGUGCGUGUAAUAUAAUUGUUAGAGACCAUUUUCCUUUAUCGCACGACUGCUACAAUAUUAUUUUGUUGAGUUGUCGACGGCGUGUGUGCUGAUCGCCGACUCAU